AUGGAUAUUAAAAAAUUUAAAAUCCAAAAAAUCGACUUUUCAAAAUGUGGGCAGAAAUAUAAUGGUUUCCAAUCAAACUGUUAUCCAAGGGAAAUUUUUGAACAUUUUUUAUCAUUAAAUCAAUUUGAAUGUACUAUAGAAAAAAUCAAUCAAUGUAUCAUAAGAUACACUAAAUCAAUUAGAACUUUAAACUUUACUUUUCUCAUAAUUUUUAUAAUAUCAUUCAUUGGAGUAAUGAUUGGCUUUUGUAAAUUUAAAAUACUACUUUUUAUUUGUUCCAUAACCUCAUUAUUAAUAAUUAUUUUAAUAAUAUCUUUGAAUGUUAUUAUAGAGAAAAAUCAUAAAAAACUAUUAAAUAAUAUUGUUAAUGAAUUUAAUACAACAUAUGAAAAUCAAUUUAUAAAAUUAGAAAUCAUUAGAAACAAAAAGAAAGGAUGUUAUAAAGCUAAUAUUUAUUAUCCAACAUUAGAAAAACAAACUCAAGUUAAAAUGUACAAUAUUAAUGAAAAAACCAUUACUAAUGAUAAGACUGCUCAAAAACCAGACCCAAUAAACAACCCUAAUCAUGAACUCUUAAUAAAUAAAAUUAUAAAUAAUAUAACUAUAGAUAAUUAA